UGUUAAGCUCGAUGCCAUUGAAAGGGCGCGGAAUUAUGUUACUGUGGCCUUACCAAAGGACAAUGCUGUCUAGUAUAAGUCUAUAACACCUUCUCGUUUCUUAUCGAUAAUUCUCCCUGGUCUUUCGAUAUUUCUUUCUUUGUCUAUAGUUUAUUCCUCACGUUUGGUCUUGUUGUCCUAAUAAAGAAGACCAUGACCGGUACUCACCCCACGCAGCGGAAGCCAUGGAUCGAGACGCCGUUGAUAGAGUCUGCGACAUUGUCAAAGGCAGCAGGAUGUAGAGUCUUUCUGAAACUAGAACUGCUUCAACCUUCAGGGUCCUUCAAGUCGAGAGGUAUCGGAAAUCUGAUUCGCAGCGCUCUCCUGGAUCCUGCAAACAAAGACAAGGAGCUUCACUUCUACAGUUCUUCGGGCGGAAAUGCAGGGCUAGCCGCCGUCAUCGCAGCCCGAGAUCUGGGCUGCCACUGCACAGUCGUCGUACCACAUAGCACCAAGCCUCUCAUGAUUAGCAAGCUGCGCGCUGCUGGAGCUACAGAUGUGAUCCAGCAUGGGUCAAGCUGGUUCGAGGCCGACACUUAUCUACGGCAAACCUUCAUCGAAAAGGAGGCAGACGAGAAAGACGCUGACGCGGCUGAGCAACGGAACAUCUAUGUGCCCCCAUUUGAUCAUCCAGAUGUCUGGAAAGGUGCGGGGACAAUGGUUUCGGAAAUUGCUACCCAGUUACCGCCCAGAGACACUCCUGCAGGCUAUGCUUUCCCCGCUGAUGCCAUUGUAUGUAGCGUUGGUGGCGGAGGUCUUUUUAAUGGGAUUGUGGAAGGACUUGGUGAUUACAUGCGAUCUCAUCCGACACCAGACUUGAUAACUGGUACAACGUCGAAGAAUGUCUGUGUGUUGGCUGCUGAGACGAAUGGAGCAGAUUCUCUGGCGCUCUCGCUGCGGAGCGGAAGUCUGCAGUCUCUUCCGGCGAUCUCGUCCCUGGCGACUUCUUUGGGUGCGCUUCGUGUGGCUCCUCAGACUUUGAAGAAUGCUCAGUCACCACCAGCCGGUGUUGACGUUGUCAGUGUUGUUGGAUCCGACGCUGAGGCCGCGAAGGGAAUCAUUUACUUGGCUGAUGAGCUUCGGUUGCAGGUGGAGCUGGCAUGCGGGAUCAGUGUUGAAAUAGCGGCAGGGUCAAGGUUGAGGGAAGCUGUUCCAGAUCUUACUCCGGACAGUCGGGUGGUUGUGGUUGUUUGUGGAGGAAGCAAUAUCACCGCGGAGAUGAUUGCUGAAUAUCGGCAGAGAUUGCAGAAUGAAUGGAAAUAGACAUUAUCGCAUCUUCCUUCUUCUUCGGCAUAUUGCGCAACACGAAAUUGCAGUACCCAUGGUAUUCAAAUAUAUGAUAGCAUAGCGAAAUAUUCAAAUUGUCUCUGGCGUUGGAUGCAUGUGCCUCAUACUGCAAUCUCGUGACUUGUCCUUUCUCUUCCUUUUGCUACCAACACCAAUGCCUUUUGUGCUUCAAACAACUAUUAACAUGUGCAGAAGUAUUUCAUUAUACCCAAUAUCACGACUUCUCAAGCAUUGUAGACUUGUGUUCUGCAAUGCACUUGCCUUCAACAAGCUACCAAGGGCAUUGUCACCUGUCCUUGGUGCGAGAUCUGACACACUUCUCUAUCUCUCUAGCUUCAUGUAAAGAUUCACUCUCG